GCAGCGAGCGGCCGCCGCGGGAGGAGGCGAGCGCCGCCUGACCCGGGAGGAUGGAGGGCGAGGAGCCUGAGGGGGAAGAGGCGGAGGAGAAGGAGGAGGAUGAGGAGAAGGAAGAGGAUGAGGAGAAGGAAGAAGAGGAGCCGGCUGCCUGUCCCCUGACGGAGGAAGUCCUCAAGGAGGGCCUCUCUCUCCUCAGUACGACCGGCAACGGGCUGGCCUAUGCCUACGUGAAGUUUGAAGCCAAAGACAAGGGCUUGACAGACAUCAGUCUCCUUGAACGCUUCAUUCACCUGCGCUAUGUGGAUUUGUCAAAGAACAAGCUGAAAGAUUUGGCCCCACUGAGCAGCCUAACCCAGCUGCUUUGGCUGAAGGUCGAUAGGAAUCUACUCACUAGUGCCAGCAUGCAGGAGCUGCCCUACCUCCAAGUCAUCAGCUUUGAUUGCAACUGCAUCGUGGAUUUGGAGGGCAUUACUCACCCCCUCCUAGCCAGCCUCAGCCUGAAAGAAAACAAAAUCCAGACAGUGCUGGGCCUGAGUCACGACCAGUUGUUCAGCCUGCAAGUCCUGGAGCUUCGAGGAAAUAAGAUAAAGACCACAGCAGGGCUUGGUGUUACCAAGCUCAAGAAGCUCUAUCUGGCCAAGAACACCAUUUGCAGCCUUGAAGGCCUUGAGGAGUUUGAGCAGCUGGAGACUCUGCACCUGCGUGACAACAAGCUUGAGGCCCUGGAUGGAUUCUCUGAUAGCAUGAAGUGCCUGCAGUACCUCAAUCUACGGAGCAAUGGGAUCAAAAGCUUUCAGGAGGUAGAAAAGCUGCAGGUUCUCCCCAUGCUGCAUGCACUGGUGCUGAUGGACAAUCCAUGUGCCAAAGAACCCAAUUACCGGCUGGAGGUCCUGUCCCGGCUGUCACAGCUGCAACGCCUCGACAAGGAAUCAGUUGAGGAAGAGGAGUGGGAAGAGGCGAGGAAUAUCCGUCAGACAAGGAAGGAAAAAGAAAAGAAAAGGAAGGAAUCUCUUGAGGAUACAGUGACUGAGUGACCGUUUUUAACACCUGUUCCCAGAGGCUGUCAAGAUGCAGUGAUGCCUUUCCCCAUAUGUGAGUGAGGCUGGGAAAGUGAGAGCUGUAGGUACCAGCUUCACUUCAUUCUGCCUCUGGAGAAAAGAGGAGUGCUGGUCCAGGAAGCUGCCCUGAGGCACUGCAGUGUUUUUGCAGUCACUGCACUAUGUUCUAUUCUCAGUAGGCCUGAGAGGGGAAAGGGGAGAGUUACAGGUUCUGUGGUUCUAUUUGGUUCCUAAGAACCCUGCAAGAUUUUCUGAUUUGAAUAAAAAUAAUUAAUGAGUCUGGA